AUGGAUUACGACAGCGACUCUAGUAUCGACGAGGACUUCACUGAGACUGGUGUGCUUCUCGGCUACGCUGCAGAGGAAGUUGUCGAAGAUACUAUCAGCCACCUUGGCGGCUGGCCGACAUGGCUUGAUGAGACAACUCCACCACCAGGGGAUUUUGCCAAUUGUAAGGUCUGCAAUCAGCCCAUGCUGCUACUCCUCGAGCUGCAUGGUGACCUGCCCGAUGAUUUCCCCCAUAACGAGCGCCGCCUGUAUAUCUUCGGAUGCCCUAGAAAACCAUGCAACCGAAAGCCAGGCAGUAUCCGGGCUUAUCGCACAGUCCGUAAAGUCUCACUGGAAAGCGCACCACAGAAAAAGCAAGAGCAAAAGUCAGAAGAAAAGAAAGCCGAAGCCGAGCCAAGCGUAGCCCCGAAGCCCCAGCAGGACCUGGGCGCUAGUCUGUUCGGCGCGACAUCACUCACAAGCAGUGUGUCUGCAAAUGUGAACCCGUUCUCUUCCAACCAGGGUUCAUCGCCUGGAAACAAUCCAUUCGCAAUGCCCAAAACAGCGACUAGCCCAACUGCUCAAUCUGCACAAUCUACAAAUGCGCUCGCUGAAUCAUUUGCCGAUAAGGUCCGGAUUUCAUCCCCAGAGUCGGCACCAGCCGCUACAUCAAAUGCUGUGACAGCCACGAAGCAAACUCCCGAGUCUAUUGGUGCGCAAACGCCAUGGCCUGCACAAUCUGCCUUCCCGGCCCCAUACCAGAAAUUCUACCUAGACGCUGAUUAUGAGACUAUGUCUCGGCCCUCGACACCUACUGUGCCAGAAAACGUUACUAUUGAGGCAAUGGAUGUAGAUGAAGGCGGCGGUGUCGAACUCAAAGAUACCUUUGAAUCUGAUCUUGACAAGGCCUUUAUGAAGUUCUCUAUCCGUCUCGAGCAUAACCCAGAGCAAGUUCUGCGAUAUGAGUUCCGUGGCACACCGCUACUGUACUCGUACGCUGAUCAGGUGGGUAAGCAACUACAUCCUGGUCAGUUCGGCGGAGGCAAAGUGACUACCACUGCGACUGGAAGUAUUCCUCGAUGUGAGUAUUGUGGUGCUGGGCGUGUGUUUGAGUUGCAGCUUGCCCCACAUGCUAUAAGCGUGUUGGAAGAUGGCCGCGAGGGUGUUGGGCUUGGUAAAGAUGAUGCUGGUAUGGAGUGGGGGACUAUCAUUGUUGGUGUCUGUUCUCAGGAUUGUGCGCCGCAGACUCUCAAGCAGACUGGCUGGAGGGAGGAAUGGGCUGGUGUGCAGUGGGAAGAAAGUAAAUAG